AUGGCCUUGACAAGGUAUGCCGCCUCCGCGCUUGCUUCUGAGGCGUUGGGUGGGCAGCGUGACACACAAAAUACUCUCAGCUUGCCAUCGAGUAUGCCCACUAGGCGCAGGACAAGUCGUUGGCGACCAAGGUUCAAGCAAUGGUACUGCCAGAUUGCUAAAGUAACCAAGGUGGACGGCUGGGACAAUCCUAAGGCGGAGGUCCUGUGGCUGGUUCGCAGCUGGCUGUGUGAUGAGUUGAACGGGCGAGAGCGUGUAAUGCACGGCCUCGCGUAA